CUUCAGGUUCCAGUCUAUGUUUCCAGCUUGAAACCUAACUCUCUGUAUCAUGAAACUUCCAAGUUCUAAAGCAGUGGUUCUCAACCAGGGGUAAUUUUGUGCCCCUAUCCCCAACCCCAGGGAAUUUGGCAGUGUCUAGAGACAUUUUUGAUGGGUGGACGGAAGCCAGGGAUGCUGCUAUAAACACCCUACAAUGCACAAGGCAGCCCUUCACAACAAAGAAUUAUCCAAGCAAAAAAUGGCAGUGGUGCUGAGGUUGAGAAACCCUCGCCUAAAGAAAGGUAGAAUGAUGUCAUGCCCACACCUGACCAAGCCUUCUAACUACAGAAGUCCCAAGGGCUCCACAUGGCUGUCUUAAAACACAUCUGCCGUCGUCUGUCAGCACUGGAUCCACCCCUUUCAGACAAGAUGGUAGCUGAGCUCUCAGUUCCAUUAAUGAGAGGAGACCAUAGGUCAGUAUUCCAUCUGGACUCCUGGAGCCUGCUGACAUUUGGGAUGACCAGAAUGUCUUUUUGCUUCGUUUGACUCAAGCCGAGUAAUAUGAGCACUUCCACCCGAAACAGGUCUUGCCUCAGCAUGGUCCAGGUUAACCUCUCCUGUUAACUGCCUAGGAACACCCCUUAGUCUGCAGAGCUUUAUUUCAGUAAAGGUGUGUCAGUAUCAGGGUGAAUCUAGGGACUCCUCUUCUGCUGUGUUCUAUUCUGCCCCAGGAGACAUUCAGCAGUGUCUGGAGACCUGUCUGGUUGUCACAACUGAUUGGGGGGGUGCCACUGGCAACUAGUGGGUGGAGGCCAGGAUGCUGUUAAGCUUCUAGAAUGCACAGGACAGCCCCCCAGCAAAGAAUUUUCCAGCCCCAAAUGUUAGUAGUGCCAAAGUUGAGAAACUCUGAUCUAUGGUAUUUAUGCCUUUGGUUAGUUUUAUAAGGCUGCUGACCGUGCAUACCUCCAUAGUUGUGCACAAGGAUGAGUUCUUCUUCGGCAGUGGCGGUAUCUCCAGCUGUCCCCCAGGAGGGACAUUGCUUGGGCCCCCAGACUCUGUGGUUGAUGUGGGGAGCACAGAAGUCACAGAAGAACUCUUUCUGGAAUACCUGUCCUCCCUGGGGGAGUCUCUGUUCCGAAGCGAGGCCUACAACCUCUUUGAACACAACUGUAACACCUUUACCAACGAAGUGGCACAGUUCCUGACCGGGCGGAAGAUCCCUUCCUACAUCACUGACCUUCCCUCUGAAAUUCUAUCCACGCCCUUCGGACAGGCCCUGCGGCCCCUCCUGGACUCCAUUCAGAUCCAGCCUCCUGGAGGGAGCCCCGUGGGCCGACCCAACGGCCAGAGCUAACAGGACUGCAUGGGACCGCCCUGCCUCACCGGGGCUUUUCCUUUUUAAACAAAACAAACCCUACCAGAUUUCUAUUUUAUAAUUUUACAUCAGAGCUAACAACCAGGGGAAGGCUUUUUAAAUUUCCCAGGGAAGGAGAUCACCAGGCUGCAUGUAGGACAAUGCUGCUAAGAAACAGAACAAAAUGCCAUCCCUUCUAAUAGUAUUAUACUAAUUUAUUAAGGCUGUCUUGUCUGUGAGUUCACUCUUGACGCUGCUUCCUAGGCGUCCUCCACACUGGAGAAAGGGAGAGGGUUUGUUUAAGCAGAAGGCAAGAGGCACGGUUUGGGGGAGCCCCGACCCAGAACCUCUUUCCAGAGAACGCCCACGCUGUACCCAGGUUGCCACCACCUGUGGGACCCAGGUGAGUUUUACAACAUCCACGAAGCAGCCAUUGCAACAUCCCGGAAGCAGUUCCUCUCUAGUGUUAAAUGAACCAAAGGAUUUGGUGCACGUGAGACCAGUUUCAGGAUGACUGACCCAACCUAAGUGAACUCUGUAGCCACAGCCUCUCUCACCUCCUCUCCCUACCCCAAGCAAGGCCACGGGGCCAGGGCUGGAGCAACCAAAAGCCUCAGGAUCAGGGGAGAGUGACAGCAAGUGUCAGGCCAGAGAAAACAGGAUAAAGCCAUUCUUCCUUCCACCUACUGAUUGCCAAUCCUCUGACAUCAAUUUUGGAGAACCUGCCUUGCUGGCUACAGGCUGCUCUUCCUCAGCAUGGCUGACCUCGUAGUUUGUGAAGGUUUGGGCUGGAGCGGCAGAGACCCAGGCCUAUUGUCUACAAGUAAUAAUGUAGAUUGUUUGUAGUCCCUGUACCACCCCCCUUCACCCCCAAACCAGAUGCAAUAUUCAGCUAGGGACCAAGGGGAAAUGAUUCCCUGUUCUAGGAAAAUAUCCCUCAUGUAGAAAGAUAGAAUAAUAAUGCAGAAUCAAGGUGGCAAGCAAAUUUUGAGUUGUUUCUGAUAGAGAUUUUUUACAUUAUCCUCAGUGUGUUUUGAAGGCACAUGUUAUUUCUGUUGUCAUUCUGACUUUAAGGAUGCAUUGUUGAGAGCCUGACUGGGCAUUUUCCUAAUGAGCUGCUGCUAGGAGCUUAUAGGGAGGACCAAUCUGGACGUUUCUUACCUGGAGAGGCUUUCAGAUUCCUUUUCUACACAUGCCUCCCUUAAGUUAGUUUUUGGGGGGGAGGUGUGGAGAAGGGUCUCAGAGCUGUCAGGUCCCUGAGUCCCAGCCCUGGCAUCUAUGGGUCCCUCCCGCCAUAGCUCCUGCCACUUCUCAGACUUGAAUUAUCUUCUCUUUCCUGGGGUCCGGCCUGCAGCAGGUGCCUUUGCUCUUCAAAAAGCUGCUGCUCAUCUUUCCCUGUCUCUACCAUUAGCCAUAGCAGUUGGCGUCAUCAGGGGCUUGGCUAGAGGAAAAGGUGAUUUUCUGCCUUUGUGUUUGCCUGUGACCUUCCCAGAGGCACCUCCAUGGUGACCAGCUGUGAUGUCAAGUGACAUUUUGGAGAGCAGAAAACUAGCAGGGACUGUUAUUUAAUGUUGACCUACUGGCAGAAUUGGGCUCACGGAGAAUAGGUUUCGGGCUGGGUACCUCCUGGGAAGGCAGCUUACUAGUGGAGUCCUUCACUUUCCACCCAGGUUUCUCUCCUUUUCCAGGUUGCCUUGCCCAGCCCUCUGUCUCUUCCAGGCUCCUGUUCCAGACUUUCCCUCCCAGGGCUCUCAGCUCUAGCCAGAAGGUGUGGCAUCACAGUCUCCUUCUCUCUUCUCCCCCAUAUCCAGGCUCAGCUGGCUUCACUCCUAAUAGCAGUCACUCCAGACCCAGGAGAAGUUAGCCAAAGUAGCUACCCUGAGAGACUGUCACUUGGUUCACUGAAAGUCCCCCUUCAUGCCCAGCAGCCGUUUGUGCCAAUGCCUGGGCUCUAGGCUUGUGGGGAAAGAUGGAGGGAUCAGCCAGCAAGCAGCCUUCUCUGAGCUCUCCAGGAAGGCCAGCUCUCUCCCCCCACCCAAGUCCCACUAUCACUCAUUUUGGAAGCCUGGGCUCAGGCUACGACCGCCAACCCAAUCCUCACAUUUCUCUGUCAAUCCCAGAACCUCAGGAGCGUGCUCAUUAUGACCAGCUAGCUCCACACAAGUGUGUGAGGCAAGCAGAGUGAGAAAUGAGCCAUGUGUGUAUCAUACAGUAGACACCUCCAUCAAGGUCCAUUGGUUUAAAGGGACAGGGAAGGAGGAGGGAUGGACCUCACCCCUUCCCCAAAAUAAAGCUUGUACCUUUGAGAUUCCUUUUUGCCCAUGAAGUCAAACUAAUGACUGUGUCUAGUACGGAGGUGUUUGCUGGUUUUCUUUGAUGUUUUUUCUAAUGCAAUAAACUCAUUUCUGCCUGCUGCA